AUGGGAGUGGUGUGUCGGAAUAUUCGAAGGCUGGUGGAGGACCGACGGGGAAGCUUCUCUCACACGUACAGGGAGGCAAAUGAAGCGGCUCAUAUUAUGGCACACGCUCGCACUAGAUGGGACGAGCGGAUCGUUUGGUUGGACCGACCGCCAAUUUAUUUAGUUGAUCGGAUUAAGCUGGAUGAUGUAGCAGCUAACUCUGUUCAAUGA